UAUGCUGGUGCGUGUGUGUGCCUGCUGGUGCGUGUGCAUUCGUGCGUGCUGCUGGUGCGUGGCGGUGCGAGCGAGCAGGAGUGGAUCCAGCAGAACGGCGUGCUGUCCAUCGUGCUGCGGGACAGCCUGCACCAGCCGCAGUACGUGGAGAAGCUGGAGAAGAUCCUGCGCUUCGUCAUCAAGGAGAAGGCGCUCACCCUGCAGGACCUCGACAAUAUCUGGGCCGCACAGGCCGGCAAGCACGAGGCGAUUGUGAAGAAUGUCCACGACCUCCUCGCCAAACUCGCCUGGGACUUCUCCCCCGAGCAGCUCGACCACCUCUUUGACUGCUUUAAGGCGAGCUGGACCAACGCUAGCAAGAAGCAGCGCGAGAAGCUGCUGGAGCUGAUCCGGCGGCUGGCGGAGGACGACAAGGACGGGGUGAUGGCCCACAAGGUGCUGAGCCUGCUGUGGAACCUGGCACACAGCGACGACGUCCCCGUCGACAUCAUGGACCAGGCGCUGAGCGCGCACAUCAAGAUCCUGGACUACAGCUGCUCGCAGGACCGUGACUCCCAGAAGAUGCAGUGGAUCGACCGCUUCAUCGAGGAGCUGCGUAACGACAAGUGGGUCAUCCCCGCACUCAAGCAGAUCAAGGAGAUCUGCAGCCUGUUCGGAGAAGCCCCACAGAACGUCAGCCAAAUGCAGCGUAACCCCCACGUGUUCUACCGGCACGACCUCAUCAACCAACUGCAGCAGAACCACAUGCUGGUGACGCUGGUGGCGGAGAACCUCGCCGCCUACAUGGAUGUCAUGAAGCAGUAUGCCAAGGAGCAUCCGGAGUACGACCCGCUGAGUGUGCGUCCCGGCAGCCGAUACAGCCACGUGCAGGAGGUGCAGGAGCGGCUCGCCUUCCUCAGGUUCCUGCUGAAGGACGGGCAGCUGUGGCUUUGCUCUCCGCAAGCGAAGCAGAUCUGGCGCUGCCUGGCCGAGAGCGCUGUCUACCUGUGCGACCGGGAGGCCUGCUUUAGGUGGUUCUCCAAGCUGAUGGGCGACGAGCCCGACCUGGACCCCGACAUCAACAAGGAGUUCUUCGAGAGCAACGUCCUGCAGCUGGACCCCUCGCUGCUCACCGAGAACGGCAUGAAGUGCUUCGAGAGGUUCUUCAAGGCGGUGAACUCUCGGGAGGGGAAACUGGUUGCUAAGCGACGCACGUACAUGAUGGAUGACCUGGAGCUCAUCGGCCUUGACUACCUGUGGAGGCUGGUGAUCCACGGCAGCGACGACAUCGCAAACCGUGCCAUCGACCUCCUGAAGGAGAUCUACACCAACCUGGGGCCCCGGCUUCAGACGAGCCAGGUGGAGAUCCACGAGGACUUUGUGCAGUCGUGCUUCGACCGGCUGCGUGCGUCGUACGACACGCUGUGCGUGCUGGACGGCGACAAGGACGGCGUGAACGGUGCACGCCAGGAGGCGGUGCGCAUGGUGCGCGUGCUCACCGUGCUGCGGGAGUACGUCACCGAGUGCGACGGAGACUACCACGAGGAGAGGACUAUCCUGCCCAUGGCCCGGGCGUUCCGAGGGAAGCACGUGUCGCUGGUGGUGCGGUUCCCGAGCCAGGCGAGGCAGGUGGAGGACCUGGACGUGUGGUCCCACACCAACGACUCGGUGGGGUCGGUGCGGCGCUACAUCCUGUCGCGCGUCAAGGGCAACAGCGCGCACACCAAGGUGGAGUUAUACAUCAAUGGGGAGCUGGUGGACCCCAGCGAGGACCGCAAGCUCAUUGGCCAGCUCAACCUCAAGGACAAGACGCUGAUGACGGCGAAGCUGACGCAGGCGAGUGGCAACAUGCCCUCCAGCCCGGACUCCUCCUCCGACUCCUCCACGGGCUCGCCCAGCAACCACGGCAACCGUUUCAGCGACGGACCCAACGUCGAAGCCGAGAAAUGCCUGCCGGGCGUGAUCAUGUCCAUGCAGCCGCAGUACGUGAGCUUCCUGUGGCAGAUCGCGGACAUGGGCAGCUCGCUGUGCAUGCCCACGCUGCGCGACGGAGCCCGCACACUCAUGAAGCUCAUGCCAGCCGACAACAAGACUGUGGAGCAGCUGCGUGCCCUGUGCCUGGACCGCGCGAAGCUGGGCGAGGACAGUCGUGGGCCCUCCCUGGAGUCGCUCUUCUUCGCGCCCAGCUGCUCGCGGGUGCUCUACCUGGCGGAGGUGGUCUACGCGUUGCUCAUGCCGGCCAACGCCCCCCUCGGUGAGGAGGCCACCGAGUUCCAGUUCAACUUCUGCCGCAGCGGCGGCGUUCCCCUGGCGUUCGCCAUGCUGUCGCGCAACAACUUCCUGCCGGGGGCGGACGCGGAGACGCGCCGAGCCGCCUGCCUCACCGCCCUCAAGGUGGCCAAGCUGACGCUGGCGGCCGUCGCCUAUGGCCACGUGAGGGCCGUCGCCGAGGCGUGCCAGGCGCAGGAGCGGGCCGCGCCCACGAUUUCCCCGGCGACGCACAACCAGGCGGUGAUCCUGCAGAGUGCACUGCACCACAUCCCCAACCCGGGUGCGGAGUGCAUGCUGCGUAAUGUUGCCAUGCGCCUGGGACAGCAGAUCACGGACGAGGCGAGUAAGAACAUCCCCGACAUCUCGGUGAUCCGCGAGAUCCAGAAGAUCUGCUGGGCGGCAGGGUGCGGCUGCGUGCACCUCGUCUUCUCCAGCAGCGACGAGAUCUGCAAGAUCUACGAGAAGAACAACGCUGGCAAGGAGCCGGACGCGGAGGAUGAGCAGGUGUGCCGCGAGGCACUGGAGGUGAUCACGCUCUGCCUGGCGCUCGUGCCCUCCGGCUCGGACGUCCUCAGCAAAGAGCGCGCCUGGCAGACCUUCAUCAUCGACCUGCUGCUGCACUGCCAGAGCCGGCCGAUCAGGCAGACUGCUCAGGAGCAGUUCUUCCUGAUGGCGACCAAGUGCUGCAUGGGAAACCGGCCGAUCAUCUUCUUCAUCACUCUGCUCUUCACAGUGCUGGGGACGACGGUGCGUGAGUGCGCGCGUCAAUGCGGCGACUACUUCACGCUGCUGUGCCGGCUGCUCAACUAUGCGUCGAUCAGCAGCAUCGCCGUGCAGAACGCAGAGGUGCAGCUCAACAAUGAGAUCGAGUGGCUCAAGCGCAUCCGGGACCAGGUGAAGCUGACGGGUGAGACGGGCGUGGAGGAGCAGCUGCUGGAAGGCCACCUGGGCGUGUCGCGUGAGUUGCUCGCGUUCCAGACGCCCGACAAGAAGUUCCACAUCGGCUCUGAAAAGGGGGGAGCCAACCUGAUCAAGGAGCUGAUGGACGACUUUAUCCUGCCGGCGUCGCGAGUCUUCCUGCACCACCAGCGCAGCGGCGAGCUCCCUGCGGCCCAGGCCAUCCCGGUGUGCGGCUCGGCCUCGUCGCUCACCGCAGCCUUUGACCUGCUGGCAGCCCUGUCGGUCGGCUGUGCCGCCAACCUGCGUCUAACCGCCGACACGCUCACCGAGAUGUACUACACCGGCACGGAGCCCCUGACGGAGUGGGAGUACCUCCCCCCCGUGGGGCCGCGUCCCCCCAAGGGCUUCGUGGGGCUUAAGAACGCCGGCGCCACCUGCUACAUGAACUCCGUGAUCCAGCAGCUCUACAUGAUCCCCGCUGUGCGCCUCGGACUGCUGGCCGUCAGCACCGCUGGGGCCUCGGCCGGCACCGGCACAGCCGGCAACGCCGCCAGCGACAACGACGAGGAGCUGUCGGGGGAUGAGCGCGCUGACGCGGAGAGUAACGUGGAUGCUCGCGAGGAGACGCCGUUUGCGGGGGGCUCCGGCGGCGGCGGCGGCGGUGGAGGCGGCGGCGGUGGCGGAGGGGGGGGCGGUGUGGGGGGUGAGGAGCGCCCCCCGUCCGGGGCCCGCACCGGCGAGCGUAAGGAGUACAACAUGGGGGUGCUGCGCCAGCUCCAGGUGAUCUUCGGGCACCUGGCCGCCUCCAAGCUGCAGUACUACGUCCCCCGCGGGUUCUGGAGGCAGUUCCGGCUGUGGGGAGAGCCGGUGAACCUGCGUGAGCAGCACGACGCCCUGGAGUUCUUCAACUCGCUGGUGGAUAGCCUGGACGAGGCGCUCAAGGCCCUGGGGCACCCCCCGCUGCUCAGCAAGGUGCUGGGCGGCUCCUUCGCAGACCAGAAGAUCUGCAAGGGAUGCCCACACCGGUACCAGCGCGAGGAGUCCUUCACGACGCUGAACAUCGACAUCAGGAACCACCAGCACCUACUGGAGUCGCUGGAGCAGUACGUCAAGGGGGACCUGCUGGAGGGAGCCAACGCCUACCACUGCGAGAAGUGCAACAAGAAGGUGGACACGGUGAAGCGGCUGUGCAUCAAGAAGCUGCCGCCGGUGCUGGCCAUCCAGCUGAAGCGCUUCGACUACGACUGGGAGCGAGAGUGCGCCAUCAAGUUCAACGACUACUUCGAGUUCCCGCGGGACUUCGACAUGGAGCCCUACACGGUGGCGGGGCUGGCGCGCGUCGACGGCGAGGAGAUCCAGCCCGACCGCGAGAGCCCCACCCCGCCCCCGCUGGUGCCAGCGGCCGGCACCGCCGCGGCCGCGCCGGCGUCGUCGCCGCCCUCGGAACUCGCUGCACCGCCCGCCCCCGCCGUUUCCGCUUCCCAGCAGCAGCAGCAGCAGGGAGGCGCCGGCAACGGUGGCAUCAGCAGCCGCUACCGGCUGGUGGGCGUGCUGGUGCACAGCGGGCAGGCCAGCGGCGGGCACUACUACUCGUACAUCAUGCAGCGCGACGGCGGCGGCGGCGGCGCCGGCGCCGGCGGCGGCGGGGCCCCGAGCGGCGCCAACCGCUGGUACAAGUUUGACGACGGCGAGGUGACGGAGUGCAAGAUGGACGACGACGAGGAGAUGAAGAACCAGUGCUUCGGCGGGGAGUACAUGGGCGAGGUGUUCGACCACAUGAUGAAGCGCAUGUCCUUCCGGCGCCAGAAGCGCUGGUGGAACGCCUACAUCCUCUUCUACGAGCGCGCCGACGUGACGCACGGGGGGGCCGGCGCCGGCGGCGGAAGCGCCGGCAGCAGCGGGGACUCGGAGCUGGCACGGUUGCUGGCCGGCAUGGCGGUGGGGUGGCGCCAGCAGCAGCACCAGCAGGCGGUGGCGAUGCCGGCGGCGAUCGAGCGAGCGGUGCGCAAGCAGAACGUGCAGUUCCUGCACAACCGCAUGCAGUACAGCCCCGAGUUCUUCCACUUCAUGAAGAAGCUGCUCACCUGCAACAGUCUCUACCUGAGCCUACCGCCCGGCCAGGAGCAGCUGGUCCCCGUGGCGGAGGAGCUGGCGAUGAUCAGCGUGCAGCUUGCGGCACGCUUCCUUUUCACCACCGCCUUCCACACCAAGAAGGCCGUGCGCGGCCAGGCCAGCGAGUGGUACGACGCCCUGUGCCUGCUGCUGAGGCAUAGCCGAGCGAGCCGCCACUGGUUCGCCCACCACGCCCUCUUCCAGCAGCCCGGCCGCUUCUCCGAGUACCUCCUCGAGUGCCCCAGCACGGAGGUCCGCAGCGCCUUCGCCAAGCUGCUCGUCUUCCUCGCCCACUUCUCCCUCGCCGACGGGCCCUGCCCGGCGCCGGCGCCUCCUCCGCCUCCUCCGCCGCCUCCUCCUCCGCCUCCCCCGGCGGUGGCGCCGGCGGCGGCGCCGACCCCGCCGCUCGUCGUCGCGGCCUCCUCCGCCGUGGCCGCGACGGCCGCGGCCACGGCGGCGGCGGCGGCGGCGCAGGGUGGAGCGGCCACCAACCAGCUGUUUGACAACGCGACGCUGAGCGACCAUCUGCUCCGUGCCGUCCUCGCGCUGCUGAAGAGAGAAGUCUCCGAGCAUGGCCGCCACCUCACCCAGUACUUCCAGCUCUUCCUAAUGUACUCCAACCUGGGCUUGGCGGAGAAGACCCAGCUGCUGAAGCUGAACGUCCCGGCGACGUUCAUGCUGGUGUCCCUGGACGAGGGUCCCGGCCCCGCCAUCAAGUACCAGUACGCGGAGCUGGGCAAGCUCUACGCCGUCGUCUCCCACCUGGUGCGCUGCUGCGACGUCUCCAGCUACAGCCAGUCCUCCGUCAACGGGAACGCUCCCCUGCCGAACCCGUACGGAGAGCCCAGCCUGACGGCGCCGAUCAUGGCGCUGCAGCCGGCGGUGGCGGAGCUGCUGCUGGCGCGGCCCUCCUACGUCAAGAAGCUCAUCGAGGACUGCAACAACGCGGAGGAGACGGUGAAGCUGGUGCGCUUCUGCUGCUGGGAGAACCCCAAGUUUUCCUCCACCGUGCUCAGUGAGCUGCUCUGGCAGGUGGCCUAUUCGUACACGUAUGAGCUGAGACCCUACCUGGACCUUCUACUCCAGAUCUUGCUCAUAGAGGACUCCUGGCAGACGCACAGGAUCCACAACGCACUCAAAGGCAUCCCCGACGACCGGGACGGGCUCUUCGACACAAUCCAGCGCUCCAAGAACCACUACCAGAAGCGUGCCUACCAGUGCAUCAAGUGCAUGGUGGCCCUGUUGAGCUCCUGCCCUGUGGCCUUCCAGAUCCUGCAGGCAAACGGGGACCUCAAGCGCAAGUGGGCGUACGCCGUGGAGUGGCUGGGCGACGAGCUGGAGCGCCGGCCGUACGCCACCAACCCCCAGUACAGCUACAACAACUGGAGCCCUCCCGUGCAGAGCAACGAGACCUCCAACGGCUACUUCCUGGAGCGCUCGCACAGCGCGCGCCUCACCCUGGCCAAGGCCUGCGAGCUGUGCCCCGAAGAAGAGGCCGAGGAGCAGGAGACUGCCGAGGACCACGACUCCUCCCCUCCAGAAGAGGCCCCCCUCUACCCCUCCGGCACGGCCCCCCACUACCAGAACAACCAGGUGCAGGGCGGUGGCGGUGGUGGCGGCGGUGGUGCUACCACUCCCUACACCGGCCCCGCCGCCAACCACAUGAACAACCCCCGUGCCGCCCAGCAACCGUCGUCGCCACAGCAACCGUCGUCGCCACAGCAACCGCCGUCGGCCCAGCAACCGCCCGCAUCCACCCCCACCAGCACCGGCACCGCCCCGACGCCACACUCUCCGCCGCCGCCGCCGCCGCCGCAGCAGCAACUGCCACAACCGCAAUCGUCGUCCCAGCAACCGCAACAAGCGGCACAGCAGCAACCGGCACAGCAACAACAACCGGCGCAGCAGCAGCAGCAGCAACCGCAGCAGCAACCGCAGCAGCAGCGAGCGGCGGUGACGACGGCGACGACGGCGGCGCAGGAAGACUGGGAGGCGGAGGAGGACAGUUCCACGCAGCGACACAAGGACUAGGCGGCACGGCACGCGUGGCGCGGUGCGGCCAGGCAGGAACCGCCCCCCGCUCGCACCGCUCCCUCGCCCGCCCGCUCGUCCGCUCGUCCGCCCGCCCGCUCUUACGCUCGCCCGCUCGGAUCGUUAGCGCAGGGUGAACCCACUGCAGCGCCCCUCCCUUCCCCCCCCACCUCUGCCUGUCGCUCGCCGUGUCCCACCCCGCGUGUUGGUUUUGUUGUUGGGCGGUUUAUCGGCAACGGCGGUGGAGGCAGGCAGCCGUGUGAUUGGCUGCCUCCCCAUCCCCCCCGCUCCCCCCCCACCCCAGCUACGGGUUACGUGACCGCGAUCGCCGACCAAUCGUUGGGUGGAUUCUCGGUGGCGGUGGUCGUGGCCCAGUUUUUUUCCCACCGCCGCGGUUUAAAUCGACCGGAGGAGGUGGCUGCAUGGUGGGUGCCCCCCUCCCUCCCCCACUCCCCUGCCCCCCCCCCCCCGCUCCCCCCCCACGGCACGGCGUGUGUCGGCACGGUGGCGCGGUGGCGGAACGGACGACGUUUGGCUGGGAAGUUUUGGGUGUUGUGUGUUUGCGUGCGUGGGUGGGUGGGUGGGGUGUGUUGCUGGGGGGGGCCGGCAUGAAUUUGGGGGGGGGGGGCGACUCCGCUAAUGUCAAGGAGAUGAGCGGAGAGGGAUCCCAACGCUCUCUCUCACGUCGCCAUCGUCGUUGUUUAUAAUUCGCCGUUUAUUUUUUUGCCGUCGUCACCGUUGUUCAUCCCCCCUCUCCAACCACCACCAUCGCUGUCCUCCACCUUCCCCACCGUGCAGGCUGGGCGGUGAUUCUCUGUGUACAGCGCCCCCCCCCCCGUGUGCCGGAUGUAUAUAGUGUACCCUACGUUCGCGUGUUUGGCUCGCCCCUCGGCUGGAGACGCCCGCACCACCCACCCACCCCCCGUCUCACCGAUAUUCAUCUCCAUCAUCGGAGAGACCUCAACCUCAAAUCUGCUCCCCGCCAAGCUCAACCUCCUCCUCAAGGUCCUUGCCUCCAUCCGUCUCUCCCAAGUCCCCCCCCCCCCCCCCCCCCCCCACGUGAUGCACCGCCUCCGCCACAGUUUGGCACUCGCGCCCCUCCCGCUGUGUCUCCCAGAGCUCACGAACGCGCGACCGCUGUCACAUCGGCGGUGUUUACUACAGCCUCACGUUACAUGUCAUCUGGGCGGACGGACAGACGCGUGGAUGGGUCUGGUUGACGGGCGGGCGGGCGGGCCGGGCGGAUGGAGAGAGGAGGAGACGGGCGGAGAGAGAGGCGAGGGUUGAGGCGUGGGCGGCUCGGAGCGAGCUGUGGCCCUCGAGGGAGUUAUGGGGCGAGGGUGAUGCGGGCGAGAUGGAGGGGUUCACGGUGAGAUGGGAUAUCGAGGGUGAGGAAGACGUGGGGGGUGGGGUGAGCGGACAGGGUGAGGCGCUGCGCCACGAACCCCGCGGAGAACCCGAGUUUGAUUCCCGCUCGCCGCCACCAUCACCGGCGACGGUGAUUGCCCGAAUCGGUGCUGGCCCUCUCCUAGGUCGACUCGGCCUCCUCAAACGAGUACCCGUGCGCGGUGUGUGGUAAACAUCGCCACUGGGGAGACAAAGGCGGCCGGGCGUGGUGCUGGCCACCCACCCCCUCGUCUGCCACAGUGCCGGCCUUCACAAGUGCUCGCAAACGGCGCUUGCCCUUACAGUCUGUUACAGGCUGCAGGGGUGGGAUCUUUGAGGGAGCUUGAGGUUAGUUGAAGAUACGUGGGGUGGGUCCAAGAUGGGCUGAGAAGGAAGGGGGGGAGUGAGACACUCGAUGUCGUCGGGGCGAGGUGGAGGUCGGGGCGUGUGAGAUGGGGAGCCAGAGUGGGUUAAGCGGGGUCCGAGGAGGAGGGUGUGGAGGGUGAGGAGGAGUGGGGGGGGGGCAGUGCUCGUGGUGAUGCGGGGGGGUGGGGGGCUGCUCGGCCAAUUAAAUGCGUUGCAUGAUUUUUUCGGGAAAAAAUGCGGAGGCAUUUUAAGUAAGUAAAAAAAAAAGUGCGCUUAUUAAUUAUAAUUACUAUCGAUAUUAUCGUUAUUAUUAUUACCGUGUUGGUGUGGGGGAGCGGGGGGGGGGGGCGCGCACGGGCGGAGGCAGCCGAGCGACGCGGGCGCCACGUGAGCGGAGUCGCAGCAAGCGGCAAACAAACUCCGACAACAAAACCAACCACCGCCGCCACCACCGCAGCGCCAACAACACCAUCACCACCACCGCCAGCCAGCCAGCCAGCCACGCACCACCGCGUCUCGUAUGUUUGCACAUAUUAUGCCGAGAGUUAAUAUUUCGUUUGGCGUAUUGGCCGCAUAAAAAAAAGAGACAUGUUUUGAGACCGAGGGGUAAAAAAAAGAAAAAAAAGAGUGAUUUAAACGUU